UCCCGUCAUUAGUGUCAAAAGUAUCAAAAAUGGCGGCGGACGGUGACGAAGUGAUAAGUGAUCAGGAAAAAGUUAGAAUUGUAUCGGAUUUUAUUCUUCAUUCACCACCUGGUGAGUUCAACGAGGUAUUUAACGAUGUGAGAGUCCUUCUGAACAAUGACAGUCUCUUGAAGGAGGGCGCCAGCGGUGCUUUUGCGUCAUACAACAAGGACCAGCUCACGCCCGUUCGACUUGAAGGCUCCGAGCUGCAUACUUUAAUAACCGAUCAUAAUGAGCUCGGCGGCGGUAGAUUCUUUGAUCCACGCUCUAAACGAUCGUUCAAAUACGAUCAUUUACGCAAGGAAGCGUCCGAAUAUGAAUCGUAUGAGCCAGACAGAGUAGCGGAGCCUUGGCGGGCAGCACUCGACGAGGAGUUGACGGCGUACGUGGCCGCACAUUAUAAACACGGUGCCAGCUUAGUUGUAGGCCGGGCCCUCGAGAACGGGGCGGUUUCACUCGUCGCAUGCAUCGAGGACCACCAGUUCCAGCCGAAGAACUAUUGGAAUGGCCGAUGGCGUUCACUGUGGUCCUUGACUGUUGGCGGCGGCCCAGCGGAACUGCGAGGCAUGCUUCGCGUGCAGGUGCACUACUACGAAGACGGGAACGUGCAGUUGGUUAGCUCUAAGGAGGUUCGAGCGCCGCUCGUGGCGACAGGCGAGGCGGCGACCGCGAAAGAGUUUGUCCGGGUUGUGUGUGAUGCGGAGAACGCGUACCAGACGGCUAUCUCUGAUAACUACAAGACUAUGAGUGACACGACCUUCAAGGCGCUCCGGCGACAGUUGCCGGUGACCCGUAGCAAGAUCGAUUGGGCACGGCUUGUCUCGUACACGAUCGGUAAGGAGCUGAAGAGCCAAUGAUGUCCUGCCGCUGCGCUCUGAGCCGCAGCGGCCGCUCCAUGCCUCUGUACAUAUUCGCGUAAGAAUAAAUCUUGUUCAAAUGUAUAUGGGCACCGGGGGUGUCCUGUCUCCCGGCGCGUAUUUAUCUAUGAAUAUAUAGAGAAAUCGCUAUCUUAACUGUUGAAUUUUAUUGCAUUUUGUUACUCUCCAUAUAGAAGGGUUACUGAUGAGCAUGCAGCACACUGAAGUGGCCAAUAAUUGGACUACAUUUCUGUUUUGGGCAAUGAUGAGUCGACAUGUUGUCCAUUUAUGUUGGUAGCACUGUACGUACAGAAUAUGUUGUAUGUAGGUGUGGAACUGCUCUAGAGCAGUAUCUGAUUAGCUCUGUAGGACUGACUGAGACAUCAUGUCUGUGGUUAAUUUAUUUUUCUUUCUGAGAAUGGUUGAAUUGUUGUGUAAGCAAUAUGAUAAACUGUACCAUUUUAAUUGAAACAAAAUGCAUGUCAAUUAAAACAAGCUAACUAAAUUGAAAUUAUUUAAUUUAAUAUCAUAACUGUGUAUGAUUGUUGAUCAUACAUGUAGAAUACUCCAACAAGUCCAUCCACACCGUUGUAUCUUGUGUAAUCAGUAUUAUUUACAUUGUCGCUGAGUAUUGCUUGCAUAACUGUGUUAUGUGAAACUGAACAGGACUGUGUAAGGGCCAGGUCCCGAAUGGUGCAUUUAAAUUGUAGUUAAUUUAACAAAUUGUCCACGUAGCUUUAAUGCGGCGUUUAUGAGCAUAUAUAGCACAAUAUAUUCAUGAAUAUUUCAAAUUGUAAAACAAAGAUACAUUGAUAUGUACUGCGGAGUGUUGCUCAAACGUAUUCUAUGUUGAACAGAGGAGAAACGAAAAUAUUGUCCAUACAUUAUGGCUUGAGAGUGCAAGUGGUAACGUAACAAUUUUUUUUUUAUAUAAUAUAAUAAUUAUAGCUUCUGUAAGUUUAUUUUGUAAUUAUUAUAAUUAUUUUUAAUAAAGAACAUACAUUAAAAAUUCAAGUAUUCUGUAAUGUAUGAUUAAAUUCAUUUGAAUAAAAAUAUAUAUUAAAAUGUU